CGAUUUGAUCGUUCCUAGCUCACUAUUUAUCACUAUCUCUCUCCUAAACAAAAGAAAAAUAUAUAUAUAAACUUGGCUCUUCUCUCCUAUCUCACUCUACUGCUUUUGUAUGGCAGCAGGGUUAUCAGUGGCAGUGCAGAAAAAGGAAGGGAGAGUUUUCAUUGGGAAGGUAAAACCUUUUUUUGGCACCAAUGUCUUACACUAACCCUUGUUCCUGUAACUCAACCUUCAUUCAUAUUCAUCUCUCUAUCUCUAUCACUACCCCGCGUGCACUCUUCUGUUUCUUCUCUCUUGUUCCUCAGUUUAUAUCAUAAGUAACCUUUUAUUAUCCACUAGAGAGACUCUCAGUUUCAUUAAAUGCUCUAAAUGGGUGGAAAGAAAGAUUAACACUCAUUUUCCAAAGGAAAUCUCUGCAGGCUUUUGCCAGUAUAGUAGAAUCCAAAUUUUUACCUCUUCACUCCUUCUUCAUCUAACUGACUCUAACUAUACCUAGCCACCACUUUUAUCACUUUCACUAUUUCUUUUUUACCAUAAAACCCGGGUGACCCUUUCAUAUAUACUACUACUAUUGAAAGAAAGAGAAAGAGAGAGAGAGAGUGAAUGGUGUGUGUGUAGAGAUUCAUUCAUUCAUUCAAUGGAGGGUAGUUCUAAUGGAAGCUCUUCUUAUGUCAUGGCUGCUUUUGGAGAAAACAGUGGUGGCCUAUGUCCUCCAAUGAUGAUGAUGCCUUUAGUCACUUCUUCUCAUCAUCAUCCAAUAAAUUCCAACAAUAAUAAUGCAAACAACACAAGCUGUCUCUUCCUUCCUAUCCCUAAUUCCACUAAUAAUAAUAAUCACUACACCAACAACAACAACUCUAAUAACACCAUGCUUCAAAAUAAUCACCACACCACACAAAACACUCCUGGAUUAGGCUACUAUUUCAUGGACAACCACAAUAACAAUGGAGCCUCUUCAUCUUCUUCUUCUUCUGCUGUCAAAGCCAAGAUCAUGGCUCAUCCUCACUAUCACCGUCUCUUGGAAGCCUACAUCAAUUGUCAAAAGGUUGGAGCACCGAGUGAAGUGGUGACAAGGUUAGAAGAAGCUUGUGCAUCUGCAGUGAGAAUGGGUGGUGAUGCAGUUGGAUCAGGUUGCAUAGGGGAAGAUCCAGCUCUGGAUCAGUUCAUGGAAGCUUACUGUGAGAUGCUUAUCAAAUACGAACAAGAACUCUCUAAACCCUUGAAAGAAGCCAUGCUUUUUCUUCAAAGGAUUGAAGUCCAGUUCAAAAAUCUCACUGUUUCUUCCUCUUCAGACAAUAUUGCUUGUAAUGAAGGUGGAGAUAGGAAUGGAUCAUCUGAAGAAGACCAAGUUGAUCUAUACAACAACAUGAUAGAUCCUCAGGCAGAAGACAGGGAAUUAAAGGGUCAGCUUUUGAGAAAGUACAGUGGUUAUUUGGGGAGUCUGAAGCAGGAAUUCAUGAAGAAAAGGAAAAAAGGAAAACUUCCCAAAGAAGCAAGGCAACAAUUACUUGAAUGGUGGAGCAGACAUUACAAAUGGCCUUACCCAUCUGAAUCACAGAAACUGGCUUUAGCAGAGUCAACAGGUCUUGAUCAGAAGCAAAUAAACAACUGGUUUAUUAAUCAAAGGAAACGCCACUGGAAGCCUUCAGAGGAUAUGCAGUUUGUGGUCAUGGAUCCAACCCAUCCUCAUUAUUAUAUGGAUAAUGUUCUCACCAAUUCAUUUCCCAUGGAUCUAUCUAACACCAUGCUCUAGAAAUUACAUUGGUGCUUGUGAUCUGAAAUUCUCUUGUGUUAAUUAACUUUAUGUUACGUUGUAAGGCAUUGAUAUGUCACUUCCAAGUUAAAACCUUAUACUAUAUUAUAUAUAUUAAUGUGUGUAGAAAUUUAUUA